GAUCAUCGCCCCAAUUUGUAGCUCAACUGCCCAAUUCUCACGAGAGCAGUGUCAAACGGAUCCAAUAAGCGACAGCAGUUGAGUCUCUCUCUUCACCUUUGAGGAUGGGAGAUUCCUUCUUAGCCAACAAAUCCGCGAAGGUGUUCGUCGCCGGUCACCGCGGCCUCGUCGGUUCCGCCAUUGUCCGCCGGCUCCGCGACCUCGGUUUCACCAACCUCCGCCUCCGCACCCACGCCGAGCUUGAUCUCACUCGCCAAUCCGACGUCGAAGCCUUUUUCGCAGCAGAAAAGCCCCAGUUCGUGAUCCUUGCCGCUGCCAAAGUAGGCGGCAUCCACGCCAACAACACCUAUCCUGCCGACUUCAUCUCUAUCAACCUUCAAAUCCAAACCAAUGUUGUCGAUUCGUCCUAUCGCCACGGCGUCAAGAAGCUUCUGUUCCUGGGUUCUUCUUGCAUUUACCCCAAAUUUGCGCCUCAACCGAUCCCUGAGGAGGCUUUGCUCACGGGGCCUCUAGAGCCGACGAACGAAUGGUAUGCAGUGGCGAAGAUUGCUGGGAUCAAAAUGUGCCAAGCUUAUCGAUUGCAGUACAACUGGGACGCGAUUUCGGGGAUGCCCACUAAUUUGUACGGCCCGAAUGACAAUUUUCACCCUGAGAAUUCUCAUGUGUUGCCGGCAUUGAUGAGGCGGUUUCAUGAAGCGAAGGUCUCAGGGGCGAAGGAGGUGGUGGUUUGGGGCACAGGGUCGCCGUUGAGGGAGUUUUUACAUGUGGAUGAUUUGGCGGAUGCAGUGGUGUUUCUGAUGGAGAAGUAUAGUGGGUUGGCGCAUGUGAAUGUGGGAAGUGGGAAGGAGGUGACAAUCAAGGAGUUGGCUGAGUUAGUGAAGGAGGUAGUUGCGUUUGAGGGAGAGCUUGUUUGGGACAGUUCAAAGCCGGAUGGCACCCCGCGGAAGCUCAUGGAUAGCUCAAAGUUGGCAGGGUUGGGUUGGGUCCCUAAGAUCUCAUUGCGAGAUGGGCUUGUUCAUACCUAUAAGUGGUACUUGGAGAAUGUCCAGCAAUAAUGCAGCAUGGGUAUGCGUGUGGUGGUGGUGGGUGCUGCUGCUGCUUUGUUGUGAGCAAACUUAUGCUGUGUGGGACACAUGCUAACGUUUUCAUUUUGCUAGACAAAGGAUGGGUGUAAUGUCUGCUCAUAUAUUCAUAGCUUCACGCUCAGCAACCACAAGGCCUAUUUUGUUGUCAUUCAAGAUGAGCAUGCAGAGACUUGAAACAAUAAAGUUGUUUUGUCAAGUCCAUUAAGCCCAAAUUCAGAAAGUAGAUUUUUGGUAGCAGUAAGUCAUCCAGGCACUUGUGCCCCUGUCGGGCUGCCAAGUUUGUCUGUCUUAGCAGGUCUCUCUCUCUUCUUCAGGUACGGCAUUAUGUCUGGAGGACAUUUCAACUAAUGCUCCAUGAGAAAUGUUAUAUCAAAAGAAACAUCUCUUGGAUAAAUAUAAUGGUACUAAUUUGAAUUUGAUA